AUGCUCAUCCUUUUAGAAACUCCUGCUGGUUUUGGUCUUUACCAAUGCAGCAAUGAAAAGAAGCUUCAAAAAUUGAAAGAUCAAGAUCUUUACAAAUAUAUGGAAGAUGAAGAACAAGCUAAGAAAUUGUUUACUUUAGUAGCUUUCACUAAGUUCGAAGAUACUCAUGAUGCUCUUAAUGCUACCGCUAAGCUUAUUAAGGGAAAAAUUCCCAAAAAACUUAAGAAAUUCUUGAAGAAGAACAUCAUUAGUCAAGAAAUCCAAGAAACUCUUGCAAUUUCUGACAAGAAGUUAGGUAAGUCUAUCACUGAAAAGUUGGGAAUAGAAUGCACCAAUUACAACAUGGAUUUAUUCAAGGGUUUGAGACUCUAAUUGUGCAACAUGGUUGCUGGUAUUACUGAAAAGGAAUUAAAAUCUAUGACUCUCGGUCUUGCUCACGGUUUAUCCAGAUAUAAAUUAAAGUUCUCCUCUGAAAAGGUUGAUACCAUGAUUAUUUAAGCUAUUUCUCUUUUGGAUGACUUAAAUAGCGAAAUCAACAACUACAUGAUGAGAUUAAGAGAAUGGUACGGAUGGCACUUCCCUGAAAUGGGUAAGAUCGUCACUGACUCUCUUAUCUACACCAAGGUCGUUAACGCUGUUGGUAUGAGACACAAGUGCUCUAGUACCGAUUUAAGUGGAAUUCUUCCUGAAGACUUAGAAAAGGAAGUUAAGCAAGCUGCUGAAAUUUCUAUGGGUACUGAAAUCUCUGAAGAAGAUGAAAAGUACAUUCUCGAAUUGGGCUCAUAAAUCGUUGAUUUAUCUGAAUACAGAUAAGAAUUAUAAGAAUAUCUUAAAAACAGAAUGUUGACCAUUGCUCCUAAUCUCUGUGCUAUGGUUGGUGAAUUAGUCGGUGCUAGACUCAUUUCUCACGCUGGUUCCUUGGUUAACUUAGCUAAGUACCCCGCUUCUACUGUAUAAAUUUUGGGUGCUGAAAAGGCUCUUUUCAAGGCUAUUAAAACAAAGAAGAACACUCCUAAGUACGGUCUUAUUUAUCAAGCUUCCAUUGUUGGUCAAGCCUCCACCAAGCUUAAAGGUAAAAUCUCUCGUACUUUGGCUGCUAAGUGCUCUCUUUGUAUUAGAUGUGAUGCCUUAGGUGAAUCUGAAGAUGCUCAAAUUGGUGCUGAAUCUAAGUAAUACGUUGAAAAGAGACUCAAUUUCUUAAACUAAAACGAAUAAGGUGGAUAUGUUGCUAAACCUUAAAAGAAGACUGCUCACGCUCAAGAAAACACUGGUUCUUAUAACACUACCUCUGACUAUAAAUCUAUGUUCAAAAAAAGUGAAACUAUGGGUGGAAAUGCUGAAGAACCCGCUAAGAAGAAGAAGGUCAAGACCAACUGA